AAACCGCCGGCUUCUUCUUCCCGGGAUCUCCGGAGCCAGGGAGCACGCUAUCUCUCCCACCUCUAUAAAACCCUCCGCGACCCUACGAUUCCUACUGCUUAAUUCCCACUUGUCUUUUUCUUCCCUUCCUCGACUUUUUGAUCGCCGCAACGCCGCCCCUGUUCCACGGCUAUUUUGGUUUCACCACGCCGGCGACGAGGUAAUAUGAACCUCUCCGUCACCCGUGCUGUCAUCCGAUCGGUCCUCUUCAGCGUGAUUCUGCAGCCAGACGGAAUAGAUCGAUGAAUCGCUGGGAUUUAACGGGGAUCCCGACUUCCCUGUUUUAGCUGCGCCGAUCGCUCCCUAUUUCCGUAACGUUAACGGCCUUGGCCGCGCAUCCGGCCAUGACCUUCGCUCGCUGCCGCACUACGCCGCUGUGGACAACACCCUCCGGCCACCGCCAAGCCAUCGCUUCCCCCCCCUCUUCCGCUCCGAGAGAAAACACGAAGGUGUUUGUUUUUAUCUCCCUCCUCUUUCUCUCUCUUCUAUCUCUUUUCUCUCGGUUUUGACGGAAGAUGAAUCGGAAACACGGGAGUUUCGGGACUUCUAUUUCUAAUAGGUGUUAGAGUUUUGGUCGGACUUCAGAGUCUUUCCUGGGCCGUAACUAUAAAUACAACCCAGAAGAGGUCCUUUCUCCCUAUCGUUUGUUACUUCGGUUCAGCCAUGGCAUCCGAUUCUGAAAAAAGAGAAGAAAAACAAUGGUCCGAAUUUCCAGAAGAGCUUUUAGUUCUCAUCUUCAAGAAGUUACGUCUCAUCUCCGACUGCAUCCGCUUCGGCGGCGUCUGCAAAUCAUGGCGGUCGGCCUCGCAGCCGACCGCUGCCACCAGUAGUCUCCAUCCUCAACUCCCACUUCUCUUACUCCCCUACCUGUGCUUCACCGAUUCCCGUUCCUUCUUCAGCCUCUCCACCAACAGCAUCCACACCCUCUCCCUCCCUAACACUUGCUGCAAGGAAAUCCUCGCAUCAUCUCAUGGUUGGCUGCUGCUGGCGGACUUUAAGACCAAGGCAAUCUCCUUGUUGAACCCCAUCACCGAGGCACAAAUCCAGCUUCCUCCACUCCCCGAAUACCACCCCGAAAUUGAUGGCACGAAUUUAACCACGGUCGUACCUCACAAGGGUGUCAUAUCCUCAAGCCCAAGUUCGGCUGAGCAUGAUUGCGUCGUGAUAACGAUUACGUGCCAACCUUGGAAAUCUCAUAGGAGACAUGUGAACUUCUGUAGACCGGGCCGAGAUGAAGUCUGGACAAAACUGAAAACAUCUCCUAUCUUAGAUUCUGUCGUGUAUAGUAAGGGGCGAUUUUAUAUGCUGGACCUCGCUGGAGUUGUUACCGUCUAUGAUGCUGUUGAUCCUUCCGUGAAGAUCCUUUCACUGCCGAAACCUGCUUUCGCCCUCCAAUAUUUCUUAGUGAAGGCAUCAGAAACGGAGCUGUUGUUCUGUGCCUAUUCCAGAGAGUUGUCUGGUGGAAUGGAUUUGCGACAUUUUAAGAUGGAUUUGAGUGGACAGAUGCUUGAAUGGUCCGAGAUAGACGGUAUAGGAGAUAAAGCAUUGUUUUUGACGCGAGAAAAAUGCUCAUGCUCGAUGGUCUGUGCUAGGGACUUUCCUGGAUGCAAAGAAGGUUGCGUUUAUUAUGAAACUCCUUUCUUCGACGACGAUCUUGUUGAUGCUUUCUUGCCUCAAAACCAUAAUAUCAAAGUAAUUAACAUAAAGGACGGCAGUUAUGAGUUCAUACGGUGCGCUGCUCUGGGGACGUCUGCAAAACAUCUAAUGGCUCCUGUCUGGUUUACACCUAGCCUCUAUUGAGGUCCCUUGCCGGCUCCAAAAUUUAUUGCAAUUAUAUCUUGGCUUAUUUGUGAUUGCACUAGUUGGAAUAAAAGUACUUAACAUGUGAGUCUUAGUUUUAUUAAGAUAAAUUCAGUUUUAGGAUUAUUGACUGAAAUGUACCUGGGUUGUUUGGAACUUACACAGGACUUCACUCCUACUUUGAUUAGAAGAUAAG